CUCUUUUUAAAACAUUUCAUUACACUUCACUCCAUUGCUGCCCGGUACUUUGAUAACACCAUGCAUCGCCUUUUCGGUACAGGGAAGAGGACACCAAAGCCCACUCUCACAGACGCUAUUACAGCUACAGACCUCCGAGUAGAUGCAGUUGAGGUUAAGAUUCGAAAGCUGGAUGCAGAACUUAUCAAGUAUAAAGAUCAAAUGAAGAAGAUGCGUGAUGGUCCUGCCAAGAAUUCUGUAAAGGCCAAGGCAAUGCGCAUUCUUAAGGAGAGAAAAUUAUAUGAAAGUCAGCGGGAACAACUUCAACAGCAGUCCUUCAACAUGGAGCAGGCAGCGUUCACAACAGAAAACCUGAGGAAUGUCAUGACGACUGUAGAUGCCAUGAGAACAGCUAACCAAACAAUGAGGCAGCAAUACAAGAAGGUCAACAUUGACCAGAUUGAGAAGAUGCAAGAUGAAAUGGAAGAUAUCAUGGACCAAGCAAAUGAAAUUCAGGAGACAUUAGGUCGUUCAUAUGGUGUACCGGAUGAUAUUGACGAGCAAGACCUAGAAGCUGAAUUGGACGCUCUAGGAGACGAGCUAUAUGAAGAGGCAGAACCCUCUUAUCUUGAAGAUGAAGUGCCAGAACUACCUACAACAGAAACCACAACCACGGAGCCACAGCGGGAGCGCCUGGAUGAGUUUGGAUUACCAGAAGGGCCACUCAAGGCUUAAUAGACAUAUUUUUUGCUCUUGUACUUUUUUUCUAUCCUUAUGCUCAAAAACUCGGGACACCCAUAUUGAAGAGCAGGGUAGAAGAGGUUGGGUAACAUAUUUGAUAGGCACUGAUCAAGAGUCUCAGGAGAGAUUCAAGUAUCAUAGCCAUAGUAUAAACUUCAAUAAACAAGCUUUCAUCUCCCAAU